AUGUACCCCUCUGCAGGGACAUUUGAGCUGAGACCCAAAGGAACUGCCCACACACCCCUCACCAUUUCCCCAGAGAGCCAGUUAGGAGAAGAACGAGUCUAUUCUCCAAAAUGCCCAAAGAAACCAAGACUGGAUGACUCUGACGGGGCCCCCCAGAGUCCUAAGUUGGACCGUUUCCCUGCCCUUGACAAGUCAGAAGGAAAGGUGGGACCCACUCCCCCUGCAGAGCACAGUAAAGAGGAACUAAGACCGGCAGCCCCCAGUUCCCCUGAUGAAGAAACAGAAGUUCCCUCCAGGCUUCUUGGGCAGCCAGAAAAGGAUCCAGUUCCCUUCGCUCUUUCCCAGAACUCAGGCAGAAAGUUUGUCCCCCAGUUUGCAAAAGCCAGGAAAACAGUGACAAGAAAAGCAGAGACAAAGGAGGAGGACAUCAGGAGUGGGGCCUUCAACCUGGAAACACUGCAAGAACCCAGUGCCCCGCAGACGGGAAGCCAGCAGCUACAUGCAUCCCCAGGACUGGCUUUCCCAGAGGAAGGGGCCCCGGAGGACCAGGCACAGGCCACUGGCAUCCACCCAGAGCAGCACAGCCAGCUCCCCCCAGAGUCUGUGCUGGGCGGUGGGGCUUCUCUGCCCAUGACAUCCACCGACGGCUCCCCAAGCUGGCGGAUGGUGGCCUCUGCCUCAGAGAGGGCCAGCCAGGAACAUCUGUCAGAGCCAGGAACCCGUGGUGGAAACAGUGGCUUAGAAUCUGGCGUCCUAGAGGCCUGGCAGGGAAACAGCAGGCCUGGCACAGAGAGGGGUUUGGCUCCUGAGGGUCCUCGCCAAAAAGGGCCCCCACGCAGUAGUGAGUCUGAAGGAAAGGAGCCGCACAGAGGAGCCCCCCAGAAGGAAGGAGAAGGUGUCCCAGGCGCCCUGGGCCCCGAUCCUGCUCGAGGACUGAUCCCUGUGUCUCAGGGCCCAGAGCCUGGGUCUGCAGCCCAGGGCUGCCCCAACCACAUGCACAUGCCCAGCAGGCCUGUUGUAGUCGUUGCAAAAGGGAGCACAGACCCCACAGUGCCACCACCAGGAGCUCCAGAGCCAGCUAGGUGGGCCCCCAACAGCAGCUGCAGUGUGGCCCUGCCCCACUCCUUGGAGGCUGUGGGAGGCCCAGGGGAGGUGGGGCCAGAAGAUGAGCCUCCUGGCGAUACCCUAAGGCCCCCAGCAGCCUCCCAGGCUCCUGCUCACCAGAGUCAAGAGCCUACAGUGGGUGGUGGCGAUUCCAGCCCUAUCACCCUGGAAGUGGGUCCAGGUGUAGAUCUGAAGCAGACGGCAAGCCCUGGUCAGGAGGAGCUGGGGGGUGCAUGGGUGCUGCCUUCCCCAGAGCCGGUGGGUGGGAAGGCAGCCGAGCCAGGCAGCGAGAGCCAGCCAGACCCCGAGCCCUCGGGAUGCAGCCUGUCACUCCGAGCCGCUAGCCCACCAGAGCAUACAGAAGUGGUGGAUGGCCUUUCCCAGGGGCCCAGGGCCCACACCGCUCUUGACCCUGCAGACCAGGCUGUAUGGGGGUGCUCCUCACCUAUGGAACUUGACUUCCUGCCUGACAGCCAGAUACAGGAUGCCCUGGAUGCCCCCAACUUCGAAGCCCCACCUGAGCAGCCCUCUCCUGUGGGGAGCAGACGCAGCCCCUGCUGGCCUGACACCAACCCACCUACUGAUAGAGCCCUCAUCACCACGGCCAGACCAAGGACCCAGGACACAGGAAACAAGGCCUUUGAGGCCCCCAGGCUGGAGGACGCAACAGACAUCGUGUGUGGCCUCAUCAUGGAGCUCUCCAAUCUCAACCGGCUGAUCAUGAGCACCCACAGGGACCUGGAAGCCUUCAAGCGUCUCAGCUACCGGAAGGGGAAGCCAGCAGGAAAGGCCCCUGCGCCCUAUGCCUCCAAGGGGGCUGGGAAUCUCCCUCGUGGGAAGCAGCCCUGGAGGGACUUGUAG